ACUCUCUGCGGACACGUGCACGCCCCUCUCUCUCUCUCUCUCUGUGGGUGCUGCGGAGAUUCCUGCGCUGUCACAAGAAAAGAAGAGCGCAAACUGCUGAUGAUUGCGUGGAAAAAAAUAAACAGGAAAAAAAAAAGCAAAACGGCGCCUCUUAACGACAAACGAGGACAUCUUAUUUUCUCCUCCUUUGACACAGACGCCAGAGAGGGUUUUAUUUUUUAUUCCUCCUCCAGUAAUAUGGAUGAGCAAGCCAAGAGAAGCGGCUGAGGAUUUGUGUUGGAUCUGACGGUUAUUCAGCCGUUAGGAGGCUGCUUCAGCUGCACGAAGAGGCACCAGGCAUGGUUUUACUGUAGCAGGUAAAGAAAGGACAGCAACAGAAAAUCCUCCCGCAUGCAUCUGCAGCUGCGCCUUUUUACGCGCUAAUAUCUUUUUUCAGCCGAAGAACGAAUUUCUUUUAAAGAUGGCUCAUCUGAUCCGACACAAGCUCACCAACAAGCUGACCAACGCGGCCCACACGGUGUCCAACAAAUCCCAGGCCAAGGUCAGCGGGGUGUUCGCCCGGCUGGGCUUCCAGGCCGCCACGGAUGAGGAGGGUUUGGGCUUCGCCGAAUGCGACGACUUGGAUUAUGACUACAGGCAAGGGAUGCAGAUGGAUGUCCUUCAAGGAGAGGAGGAAGGGGGACCCAUGGACGGAGAGGGGGACCUGGAGGGGGACAGCCACUACCAGAGGGACGGAACCGGCCCGAGGCCUUCAUCCCUGAAGACCGGAGGCUCCCUGGAUGAGGACAAACCGAAAAUCACGUCAUGGGAAGCUGGCUGGAACGUCACCAACGCCAUCCAGGGCAUGUUCGUCCUCGGCCUGCCGUACGCCAUCCUCCACGGAGGCUACCUCGGCCUCUUCCUCAUCAUCUUCGCCGCCGUGGUGUGCUGCUACACCGGCAAGAUCCUCAUCGCGUGUCUGUACGAGGAGAACGAGGACGGCAUCAAAGUGCGCGUCAGGGACUCGUACGUGGACAUCGCCAACGCCUGCUGCGCGCCGCGCUUCCCCGCGCUGGGCGGUCACGUCGUGAACGUGGCUCAGAUCAUCGAGCUGGUGAUGACGUGCAUCUUGUACGUGGUGGUGAGCGGGAACCUGAUGUACAACAGCUUCCCGGGCUUCCCGGUGUCCCAGAAGGCCUGGUCCGUGGUGGCCACCGCCGCGCUGCUGCCGUGCGCGUUCCUGAAGAACCUCAAGGCCGUGUCCAAGUUCAGCCUGCUGUGCACGCUGGCGCACUUCGUCAUCAACGUCCUCGUCAUCGCCUACUGCCUGUCCAGGGCGCGCGAGUGGGCGUGGGAGAAGGUGAAGUUCUACAUCGACGUGAAGAAGUUCCCCAUCUCCAUCGGCAUCAUCGUGUUCAGCUACACCUCCCAGAUCUUCCUGCCCUCCCUGGAGGGCAACAUGCAGAAGCCCAGCGAGUUCCACUGCAUGAUGGACUGGACGCACAUCGCGGCCUGCGUCCUCAAAGGCCUCUUCGCCCUGGUGGCCUACUUGACGUGGGCCGACGCCACCAAAGAGGUCAUCACGGACAACCUGCCCUCCACCAUCCGGGCCGUGGUGAACCUCUUCCUGGUGGCCAAGGCGCUGCUGUCCUACCCGCUGCCCUUCUUCGCUGCGGUCGAGGUUCUGGAGAAGUCCCUGUUCCAGGACGGCGGCAGGGCCCUCUUUCCUGACUGCUACGGCCCCGGUGGCCAGCUGAAGUCCUGGGGCCUGGGCCUCCGAGUGGGCCUGGUGGUCUUCACCCUGCUCAUGGCCGUGUUCGUGCCCCACUUCGCCCUCCUCAUGGGUCUGACCGGGAGCCUGACCGGCGCCGGGCUGUGCUUCCUCCUGCCGAGCCUCUUCCACCUGAAGCUGCAGUGGAGGAACCUGCUGUGGCACCACGUCUUCUUCGACGUUGCCAUUUUUGUUAUUGGAGGCAUUUGCGCCAUUUCUGGCUUCAUUCACUCGAUCGAGGGGCUCAUAGAGGCCUUCAGGUACAAUAUCCACGACUGAGAUGACUUUUACUGUCAAAAAAAAUAAUGAUAAAUAAAAUGCCGGCCAGUGUGGUGUCGUGACGCCAAACAUCACACUGACCACCUGAGGAGGAUUAUUUGUGUGAAAUGUACAUCUUUUUAUUUUGCCUUCGUGAUAAUGUGCAAUAAUAAACUCUACAGUCAUAGUGUAAAGUAGUCUACUCAUUCCACAAAACGUGUUUUAUUAACUGGACACAGGAACACAACCUCUGCAUGACAGGAGGGGGUUGAAGAUCCUGUCCAGAAUCCACGCAGAGAUGGAAUUAACCGUGAGUGUGUCCAUGUUUAUAACUGGGGAAUGAAAUAUGUGCAGAAACAAUGGAGUGUGAAUAUGUUCUUACUGGUUUUUGAGCUGCUAGAUAUCAUUAAGAGAAAUUAAAAGGCACCCAUCAGAUCAGAUGUCGCUCUAUAAACCAUGGAUAACUUCUGUGUAGUGGUUCAGACAAAAUGAUCUUUUCUUUCUGUGGGUUUCGUGGUUCUUUUUCUCUCCAUUCUCCUGCCUAUAGUAGUCCUUGUUGGCUCGUUUGUUUUCUUGGUGUUUCCAGUGUCGCUCUGGAUGAAGUGAAUUCAAGUGCAAGCAAGUGGGUCCUAACUGUGUUCUAUGGAGAAAAAAAAACGUGUGUCUGCUAAUAUUCUGUUCCUAUUGAACUUGUUAAUUGUGAUUUAAUGGAACAUAAUCAUGGUGUGUGAGACAAAGAGUAUUUGUUGAAUUAAGAGAAAAAUAAAUCUAAUAUUUUAUGGCUGGUGA